AUGGGUCAAUCCAGCGGCGAGAUCAUUGCGCUUGCCUCGGUCUUCACCUUCCUAGCCAUUCUUGCGGUUGCGUUGAGAACAUGGGCAAGAAAGAGGACCAAGCAGCCCUUGGCUGCAGAUGAUUACCUGUCAUAUGCCGCAGUGAUCGUAAUGAUUGGAGUGCUCACAACACCAUUGAUCAUAAUAUGCGUUCUUGACAACUUCGGCAACCACAUGAAGACCACUCCAAGUGGUGAGCCGCUGCCACCUUCCCACCGAUAUAGUGUCUGUCAGCUGGUCCUCGAGGUCUGCGGAUACGUGCCCAUCGCCUUGGCCAAAUGUAGCAUCCUUAUGUUUUACAAGCGGAUCUUCCGCGGCGCAAUGCUCGCAGCGGCCGUCUGGACUCUCAUGGGGUUGACCAUCGCUUGGUGCACGACUUUCUUCUUCGGCACCCUCUUUGAAUGUACUCCAAUCGACAAGUCGCUCUCCCUACCACCUGGAAGCCCUGGGGUACGCUGCAUCGACAUGGUCAAGCUCUUCUACGCUGGUGCAAGUGUCGAUGUUAUCCUGGACUUCGCCAUCUUGCUCGUGCCUCUGCCGCCCGUGCUGAAGCUUCAGAUGCCACCGAGGCAAAAGUUUGGUGUCCUUUUGGUCUUCUUGACUGGAGCUUUAGCCAUUGCUGCUAGCAUUACCCGUUUGGUUGAGUUCGUGUAUGCAGGCCGACAACUCAGAGCCGGUAACCCAGAUACAACCUAUUUCGUCGCACCAACCGUAUAUUGGACGAUGAUCGAAGCAGCGCUCUGUAUCAUCGCUGUCUGCCUGCCGUCGAUGCGCCCCAUCUUCCGAGGCGUUUCGACCGAGAAUCUUCUCAACAGCCUCCGGAGUGCCCUGUCCCUCCACUCCUACACCAGCCGGCCGAGCACGCACAGAGACCCAAGCUUCGACGAACAGAUGCGGAAGGAGUCUGGUGCAUCCGAAUUCGCUAUGCUCGAGCAGCCUUAUCAAGGAACGAACCAGUACGAAACCACUGCUUUCAAAGGUCCCGUAAAGGUGGAAGGCAAGGACGAGAUUCCAGACAGAGGCAUUUUGGUAGAAACGACCAUUUCGAGAAAUGUUUAG